AUGAAACUGGUAGCUCGCGAAAAAAUGGUUGGCUGUCAUACCAGUGACGUUUCUAACUUUGAGGUUAGAAACUGACAAUAACAAUAAUAACAAAUCGGUUACGAUUUCCAAGAUUUAAUAUGCGUAAUUCUACCAGUUUUAAAUAAUUGCAAUGAAUUUGGGUCCUACAAAUCCCUACGGUAACGGAUUGUUAUUUGCCGGUUUCAACCAAGACCAUGGUUGCUUCGCUUGUGGAACCACUUCGGGGUUUCGAAUUUAUAAUUGCGACCCACUUAAAGAAAAGGAACGCCACGACUUUGAUAAUGGAGGCUUAGGUUACGUUGAAAUGUUAUUCCGUUGCAACUAUCUUGCACUUGUCGGAGGCGGCGUAAAUCCUCUUUUCACCCCCAACCGGGUCAUGGUUUGGGAUGACUUGAAAAAGACAACACCUAUAGCUUUGGAGUUUAACACUCCUGUACUGGCAGUAAGGCUGAGAAGGGACCGAAUUGUUGUAGUUUUAGAGGGAGUUAUCAAAGUGUACACUUUUACCCAAUGUCCCCAACAGUUGCACGUUUUUGAAACUAAUACAAACUCGAAAGGGUUAUGUGUACUUUGUCCAAAUAGUAAUAAUUCGUUGUUGGCGUUUCCUGGUAGAAAAACUGGACACGUGCAAUUAGUAGAUUUAGCGAAUACUGAUAAGGCACCUUUGGAUAUUGUGGCCCACGAGGCUGCACUCAGUUGUAUUGCUUUGAAUUUACAAGGGACUCGCUUGGCUACAGCUAGUGAGAAAGGGACUUUAAUUCGAGUGUUUGACACUGCAAGUGGUGAUAAAAUUGCAGAGUUGAGACGCGGUGCUCAUCAGGCCACCAUAUACUGUAUAAACUUUAACCACAAUUCAACAUGUCUGUGUGUGGCUUCGGACCACGGCACUAUCCACAUUUUCGCAUUGGACGACCAAAAACUAAACAAACAAUCGACUCUAGCGAACGCCAUGUUUUUACCGAAAUAUUUCUCUUCCACUUGGUCGUUUUGUAAGUUCACAGUGCCCAAUGGCCCACAAUGCGUCUGUGCUUUCGGUGCAGAUAACAAUUCUGUUAUAGUAAUUUGUGCCGAUGGUUGUUAUUACAAGUUUGUUUUUAACUUGAAGGGGGAAUACGUCCGAGAGCAAAGUGCMCAGUUCCUGGAAAUGAGCGAUGACAACGCAUAGACUGGCAAAAUAUAAUUGUGAUUGUAUAGUUAUGUCUACUUUAGGGGAACUACGCGAUGUGCAUGGGUUUUUUAGGAGAUAAAUCCCACUCACUAAUUUUAUAGUAUAGGUUUUUGAAGUGUUCAUUUCGAAAAAUGUCCUAACUUAAAGUGCACAUAAUCCCGAUUCCCACUUUAAUUUUAUUGUCAUUUGUCAGUAUAUUAAAAAAUAAAUAUUUUA